UGACUGAUUAGGUUAAUAUCAUUCUUCAUAGCAAGUUAAAUUGUGGUGACAGCAAAUUAACGAUACAAGAAUAUAUGUGUUAAAUGAAAGUGUGCAAUUUACAAUUUGAUAAAAUGUCCGGAAAAAAAUACUUUUUGAAAUACCUGUGCACUUAUUUUUAUCACAUUUUGCUUUAUAUAGAUAUACAUGUAUACGCUCAUCAAGUUAUUUUCAAUCAAGGACUAGGGACAUACGAGUCCGUGACGGCUCUGGUAAAUACGAGUUAUACGCAGUGUUUAAAUCGUUUUAAAGGCUAUAUCGGACAUGCAAAUACCAUGGUGUAUAAAAGACGUUUCUCAAUGUGUUACAUGCAUUUUGUUUGCGGGACAUUUGAGUAUGAACAAGAACCUGGGUCAGUUCUUGCGCAUCGCCCUAUGAUAGAAGCAAAAGACUGUCUAGAACUUUACGAACAGGGUUGGCAUGAAGACGGCAUAUAUACAAUAAAGCCUGUCGGCGGUUCAUGUAUACAAACAUGGUGCGAUAUGACAAAUGGUGGUUGGACAGUUUUACAACGUCGCAUGGAUGGUCGAGAAAACUUCUACAGACCAUGGGAGGACUAUAUUCGAGGAUUCGGACACGCAUCGGGCGAGUAUUGGCUUGGCCUUGAAAACAUAUACGAACUUUCAAUAAUCCACAGUUCCUUAGCAAUUGAAAUGGAAGCCUUUGAAAAAGGAUUCCCGCCCAAUGCUUCCGCAACAUAUGAACAUUUUAGGAUUGACGACGAAAGUUCAAAUUUUAGAUUGCAUAUAAAUGGCUUCUCUGGGAAUUGUGGUGAUAGUUUCGCUUAUCAAAACGGAAAUAUGUUCACAACAAAAGAUAGGGAUAACGACAAAUAUGAAGAAGAUAAUUGUGCUCAAGUGUAUGAAGGGGCGUGGUGGUAUAAUGGUUGUCAUUAUAGCAAUUUAAAUGGUCGUUAUUUGUAUGGAAAUCACUCUACGUAUGCAAACGGUAUUAACUGGUAUACUUGUUGGGGUUAUCAUCAAUCAAUUCGAAAAACAGUGAUGAAGGUAAGACGAAACUAGGAUAAAGACAGAUUACAUCUGAAAAUGCUAUAGAACAUUGUCUAAUUUAAAUAACGAUAUUUAAAACUAUAGAGGGUAAAAGAAAAUGCCGUUAACAUGAAAAACGUACAUAUAAUGCCAAAUGGAUAAAGGCAGAUAAAACAGUCAAUAAUUUUAUAUCACAUCGAAGCAACAUAACCAUAAGAUAUUGAACCUAAUAAUUAUAUUACUUGUUUAAAGGAAAGUACUAGAAGAUAUAACUAUUUCAUAGACACAGAAUCUACUCUAUUGCAACAUUGCUUUUGAUGACUUUUGAAUGAAAUUGUUUGUUCAAAACAGGUGCCACUGACGGUUUAUAUUUACUGUGUAUAUAGGGUUGUGUUAAGUUAAACUUGGAAUAAACUUCUAUGUACAAGGAAAUACAAACUGCAUAAAGAAUUUCAUGCUCAUACAACAUAUGUUAUAUACUUACUGCAGUAUAUACAGAUUCCUUUGCAGAAUUGUCAGACAGAAAUUAAUUGUUAUGUUAAUAACAGAUGCAAAUACUACAUAAUGAAGACAAAUUUCAAAUGUAUGACUAGAAUGAUGAUAUAUAUGUACAUGAGCUAAAUAUAUCUUCAACUCGAUUAUAUACUAUAUAUUUAGUAUGUCAGAUAGCGUUAUGUUAUAAUCAACAUAUUUGCAAACACUAGUCAACCUGUGUCAAAUUAUUUGGAUGCAGCAUUUUGUUUUUCUCCCUAUUUAAUACUUUACGAAUAUGGAGAGGUUGAAAAUAAAUCGCAGAAUAAAAUAUUAGCAUUGGGAAAUUACCUUUUAACGACUGUUAUGUAUAUUGACCGCUGAUAGAAUUGCAAACUGAAAAAAAUACGUAACUGGCUGGUUAUUAAAAUCUGUAUUAUUUAUUUGAUGACACGUUUAAAAUUAUUGAACUGUUUCCUCAAAUAAAAUUCACCUAAAUAUGAUUUGUUUUUCAUCGGUAAGGUCUAAAGUUAAUUGCAAGGUUAUCAAAAUUUGUAUUAUUUAUUUGAUGUCACAUUUGAAAUUAUUGAACUGUUUCCUCAGAUAAAAUUCACUUAAAUAUGAUUUUUAUUUUUCAUCGGUAAGGUCUAAGGUUAAUUGCGUGAUUAUAAAACUACGAACGGUGUAUAUCCCCAGAGAAUUUUUUAUUUUAUAAAUAAAUAUGACGUUAGUUAAUGGUCAAAUAUUGCUUAGUUUGUGUUAUAUAAAUUUUAAGAUGACUUUAUUUUAACGUAUGACCAUCCUAAUCCACAACCCGUCUUUUAAGAGUAUUGAUCUAGUCUAGAACUACUGUCAAUUACAUUGAAACUUGCGGCCGUGGAUUCAAACUCCUGAAGGGUCAACUUUUUUUCUUUCUUUUCUAUCUUUAAAUAUUAUUCAUGUAUCUCUCGUGUCCCUUUUGGGAAGAACAAAGUGCUUAUUUGUUAUUAUUUAAUUAAAUAGGUAUUUAUUGGCUAAAUGAUGCUAAAUCUUAUAGCAAAUAUGGUACCUGAUAUAAUGUUUCCUGAUAUUUUCAAAGUGUAAUAAAAUAAGAACUAGGCGGUAAAAGUAAUAAAAAUCUUACAAGAUUUUCAAUAUACUUUUGUAAAAAGGAUAGGGAAAGUUUGAAAACAUGCACUCUUUGUGAUAAAUUUUAGGAUUGUUUUAAUUAGGCUGAGUAGGAAAAUAGUCAAACACGUGUAAAAUUGGGUGGGGUAGGAUAAAUUUUGAUACGUAGUUCGUAAUUUUAAGUAUAAACAAUCAUUUUGCUUAUGUGGAUUGCAAACUGAAUGGUACUAUUUGUUUCUUACUAAAAAUUAAA